CUACUCAGUUCGCGUAUCGACGUCGCGUAGUCGCGUAUUCCGGUGCGAGAGAAGGAUUAAUGCCAUAACCUUUUCCUCCUGACUGGUUAAAAAGUAAAAUCAGCGAUUACCUCUUUGGUGUUUUUGUGCAUUAGUGACGGGAUUUCAGUACGUUUUUAGUGACUGUGUUCGUGUAAACUGUGCAAGCGAGCGCCAACGAAGGGCGUUCGAAAAACCGGAUUUUUCCGAUUUCAACUGGUCGCUUUGAACCAGUGAUAGUGCGGCUCGAGUAUGGGCGGUGAUGGCAUGUCGUAGUGGCGUGAUGGCUGCGCCGCGGGUUGCGCCACUCGCCGCGCUGCUCGCCGCGUGCUCGUGUCUCGUCACGGUCACGUCACGGGCGCCCACGCAGGAGCCCGUGCAGUUCGAAGCCGCCUUUCAAGGUCGGUGCGGGGAGGGCAGCCCGUGCGAGCAGCUGUGUAGCGAGCUGCACGAUGGCACGUACGAAUGCGGCUGCGGGCCGGGGUACGUGCUGCACGUCGACGGCUACGGGUGCUUAGAAUUAAACGCAACAAAGGCGACUGAGAUAUCGUCUGACACAGAAGAAGACGUUUUAUACCAGAAGGAUGUGUCCUUCUCAGCAGAACUAGAAGUAGCCCCGUCCAAUAGAGUAAUUAAGAGUAAUGUAAGCGAUAGACAUAUCGACGACAACCAGAGACUAACUACACUGCCGACAGAGACGAAAGGCGACAGAGCUAUUAGUUACACUUACACUGGAGAGAGAAGCAAAGAGGUUGAUGGUCUGAAAAGUCUAAUAGAAGAUGGAGUUAGCAAAAUGGACAUUAGUAUUAUCGCUGAUGAUGUGAGAAGUGGUUUCGAAGCCAAUGAGCUAAGAAUAACGACGCUUGGACCUAGCUUAGAACAGAAGGUUCCCGGUGCGACGUAUUCGCCUCCGUGGACAGCCGCCGUUGAGAGCUGCCGAUGCGAUGCUUGCGACCCGCGGUGCACCUGCUCUCACAGCAAAUGUAAAACAGAUCACAACAACGUAUCCACGCCUCGGUUCUCCGGCUCCUCAUGGCUCGCGUUGCGCGCCUUACGCGGCGCCUAUAAACGAGUGCGUUUGCGUUUGCGCGUGCGCCCUGAACGAACCAGAGGGGUGCUGCUUCUGACGGGAGAACAUGACGACCUGUCUGGAGACUAUCUAGCUAUAAUGCUGAGGAAUGGCCAUGUAGAACUAAGGUUCGACUGUGGCAGCGGCGCUGGCGUUCUUCGCUCUCCAGAGCCAGUGAAGUUGGGCAGAUGGAACACAAUAUCAGUGUACCGUCACCGCUGGGACGCCUGGCUGCGACUCAACACUGGCAAGCGGGUCAGAGGGCGGUCGAAGGGUCUGUUUUCCCGAAUGACUUUCCGCGAGCCCGUGUGGGUUGGCGGUGCUGGCAACACCACCGGACUGCAGAGCAAACUGGGCCUCUCCGACGGCCUGCUUGGCUGCGUGGACUUCCUCAGGAUCAACGGAGAUACCUACCGCCUCGUAAAGGAUGCCGUUGCCGUACAAGAUAUAGCUGAAUGCGCUCCGACCCUCGCCCCCUGGAGACCAACAUCUGAAUUAACCACUAGCGAGAACUUGCACCAUUCCAAUGAAAUAGAAUCUCACGCCAUCUAUGGCAUAAACGACAUCGUACACUUUGAGGACAAUGACCUCGUGAUGCGUGAUUCCCACAAAUUUGACGACUUCAACAAAAUGGAGAACUCAAUCAACCAUUUCAGAAACUACAAAGAAUAUGAAGAUACCAAAAAAAUUAACCUCGAUAGUGAUAAACAAGAUAGUAAAAUCGAUGUUAACGUUAAUAAUGAUUUAAAAAGUGGUGACGGAAAGGUGAUGAAAUUGGAUGGCGCUGAUACGGCUUGCGAGUGCCAUCAUGGCGGCGGAUGCGUGGGAAACGUCUGCUUAUGUCCUUUGGGGUACGCCGGUGAUAAAUGUGAGAUCACAUUGGAUUUGAAGGUGCCAAGAUUUAACGGAUCUUCUUAUCUGCGUCUACCUGGCUUAGGAAACUCUGCGUUGUCGUGGCUCGAUAUACAGAUAACAUUGAAGCCUACGAGUGGCGAUGGUCUAGUGUUGUACAACUCUGAGCACGCGAGUGGCGACGGCGACUUUUUCUCGCUUCAUCUGCGGGACUAUUUCGUUGAGUUCGCCUUCGAUUUGGGUUCCGGCAUCGCUUUAGUGAGAUCAGCGUAUCCUCUAGAACGCAACUCUUGGCACCGCGUCUCAGUGAGCAGGUCGGGGCGUCGCGCUUCCCUACGCGUGCGAUCCACGACGGCUCGUGACGCCACCGAUGCAACAAGAUCAGUGACGUCACACGGCGUCGCGCGAAAACUUACGUUGCGACAACCGAUGUUACUGGGUGGAGCGCCACAUCCUCUGCCUCCUAGACUCGCGCUUAGGACCUCCUUCAGUGGCUGCGUUGGUCAGUUGGUGAUAAAUGAUGAAGAACUGUCUGUGGUAUCAGCAGCACUGGGAGGAGUCAACGUCGAUAACUGCGACGAUCCUAAUAAUAAUAAUACUUGCACAGACAAUAGCCAAUGCAAAGAAGUACUGGAACAGAUACCAAUCUACCCUCAAAACAUUUCGGAGACAGACAUCCACCGUUCCAUAGUGGCUAAGAAGGGACCCAAACCAAAGUUCCACAAGGUGAAAUCGAAGAAACACACACAGCAUUUUCACACGGAGAAAUCAAAAAAGAAAAAGUAUUACGCCACCAAAAAGUAUCAAUAUAUCCAGGACAGUAUCGAGAGAAGCAACGAUAUAGCUACGGAAGAACCUUAUGAUGGCCAGACUUACAUGCAAGUGAAAUAUUUGAACGCAAACGAGAUAAACUGGGGUGACACCAACUCAUAUCCCAGCUUCAGUGGGCAAGAUAGUUUCAUUCAUAUAGAUGACGAAGAAACUAUGAAAAGGCUAGUAAGCUACACGCUGGACAUCAACGUGCGGUUCCGCAGCGUUUCACCGCGCGGACUGCUCGUGUGGAGCGGGCGGGCCGCGCCGCGCGCCGACUUCCUGUCGCUCGCUGUAGAGGACUCUGUGCUGGUGUUCAGAUACGACUUGGGGAGUGGAGAGGUCGUGAUAAUCGCCAAUCACACGAAAGUCGACGACGGACUCUGGCAUAGAGCUCGAGCGACCAGGAACAGACAAGCGGGCGUUCUCGAAGUGGACGGCUUAGGUUCCGUGGGGAAAAUCUCACCGGGAAAACUAAAGCAACUCAACACUGAAAACGGACUUUAUAUAGGUGGCCUACCCUCCAUAGAAAUGAACACAAUGGGAAGAUACAAGAGCGGUUUAAUCGGUUGCGUUUCACAAAUCUCAUUAAGCGGAGAUUUCGAUAUACCUCUAUCCCUUUCUAAACUUCCCCACACAAUCACAAACAACGUAGGCAGGUGCGCUCCAUAAAAAUAACCAAUUCAUUUAAAUGAACUGUACUACAGUUCAUUUAAGUGAAUCCAAUUGUUCGUUUCAAUGUUACAACCGCUAGCUUCGCCGGUUCAUUUAUUAUCGCUUCGUUCUAAAUGAACCAGUCGACUCCGAAGCGCAUAAUGUUACGCAAGUAAAUUUACGUUCAGAUUUGUGUUAUCAUAAAAAUAUACACGUUAAUUACACCGAAUCAACGCUUUAUUUACUGGUGAUGAAUGACCAAUUAAUUUAAUAGCUCCGUAAUUACAUAUCAAUGUAAAAAUAAAUCUCGGAGGCAAUAAACUACAAUACAACUGAAGUUGCAACAUUUUUUAUAAAAUUGCCACCAUAUACAGCAACAAAAAUAUUAGUUCUAUAAAUUAAUUAAUACCUAGUCAAUUUAGAUUAAGAAUACUGAAAAUUACUUUAUUUAUAAACUGAAAUGUUCUUACUAUUGUAAUGGUUUGUUUUGAAAUCAUUUUUAUGAUACCUAUAUAACUUCAUUAUGAUUUUCCAUGAUUAAUGGAGUAUCUUUCAAAGUGCUUUACUAUCUAGUAAUUAUAUGAGAAGAACUAUUUGUAAUAUUAAAAUAAAAAAUGAAAUUCUAGUUGUACGAGUGAUUUGCACGCAUUUUCAUUUAGAUAACUAUUUAUACAACCUCAUUAAUUAAAUAGCAUAUCGAGUUGACACAAAAAUUUGUUACGAUGUGAGUGUAUUUUAUAAAAUAGAUCAUUAAGUAUACAUACAUUAAUAGCGUUUGUAUAUCGAAAAUGUUUGAUAUGGACGUGGUUUUAGGUGAUUGUAAAGUAGUUAAAUGAAAUACAAUAGUGUUUGGUACUUAAUCGGGCUUUUAACAUUGAAGUGUGUUUCUUAAAUAGUUUUAAUUUCACGGCGACAUAUAGUUUCGCUUCAUGAUAAAUGAAGGAAGCAAAUUAACUUUUAGCACCCGCUUUAGUGAUAAUUACUCAUAGAUAAUUAUAUUUACGAGGUAGGAUAAUUUUAAAUGCGCUUUGUAUGUAUAAAAUGGAGGAUAUAUUUAAAUGUGAAAUUCGGUUAUUUAAUGAGUAUAUGCGAAAGGCGAUCAUUGGAUAUGCAUUAAAUUAAAUCAUAAUAAGUCAUACCUACAUUUGUAAAUACUAUCCAAUGAAUGCGAAUAAAAAUAAAUAUAAAACACAUGAUUAGUUCAUAAAAACAAAUUAUUACAUACAUUAUUACAUUUAUAAAACCAUGCACGUAUUUAAGUGGGCAUUAUUUGUAGUUGUUCCAUUUCCUUUCAUUCAAUAAUUCUAGCUUUUCCUUUAUAUAAAAUAAUGGAGGCAAAUCUCAUCUAGCUCUGAGAAUCGGCGUUUCUAUGACAUACAAUAAUGCCUAUGCUUACGGAAAAGACUAUUCAAAUUAUUUUGAACGUUUAGUAAAUAAAUCAAAAUUCAUAAUUUAUACUAUGCUGUUUUGAGAUUUAACAACACAUAAUAUUAUCAUUAAAUAAUCGAACCGCAUACUAUGUUAAUGAUUAUAAACCCUACCCAGGGCUUACAUUUACACCAAAUAAUUUUCGUCAAUUAAGUGUUUCACAGGGUGUGCGAGAAGACAUACAGAGAUGCAUAUCUUUACGGUAUUCUUCUAAAUUCCACGUUGUUUCUGACGGACUGCGUAAUUUAAGCUUUUUAUUAUUACCAUAUAAUCCCCAUGCAAUAUUAAAACAUAUCUUAACAAAGUUCAUUUGUUACGAAAAGCAAUUUAAAUGAAAAGUUGGUAAAUGAACCGUUUUCAUGCUCCGCAAUACUGAAACAUAUCUAUAUGAUGUUAUUUCGUAUCAAAAUUCCAAUAAAUAAAACCUUUUUAAAUGAACCUACCAAACAGUUUUGCUUCCACGCUUCCAACUAGUUUUUUUACAGUGUUCUGUAAGCUAAUUUAUUUUGUAAAUGAAGUCAAGUAUUAAACGUAGAAUUUGUGACAUAAUGGAUAGCUUGACUAGCAUUAGUUUUGUAUGUGAGACCUGUCCGAUGUAUUAUACGCCGUUAUUUGUACAAAAUUAUAUCAAUAAAAUGUAAUGAAA